AAUUAAUUAAUUAAUUAAUAAACGGUGUUCUACUUUCAGUCCACACUCUCACUCACUCAAACUAAACCAAACUCAAACUUAACUCCUUCCUUCAACCACUGCUUUCCUUUUCCACUUCCACGCUUUCUCUAUCUUCAUUGCCAUGGGAUUGCAAAACCCUAACUAACACUUAACACCUACACGCACUUCUACAUUGCUGUUACUUCACGCGCCAGAUCUACCACCUACCGUUUCAAACAAUGCGCCACUAACUUCUUCGCAAAAUGUCCCAUUCUGAUAACAGUAACCUCCACCGCCAUGGUUCCUGGCCACCGGCGACUGAUGCUAAGCCUAUACCACCUUCUUCUUGGGCUAAAAAAACCGGUUUCAAGCCUAAAUUCUCCGGUGAGACUAAUGCCACUGACUCUGGCCAGAUAAACCGUCUAUCUCCUAAGCCUACAGAAUCCGAACGGCAAUUGGAUCUCGAAGCAGGUCGUGUUCGUCCACCGGUAAACGGCGUCGUGCAUAACAACAAUGUUACUGUUUCCGUUCCGGCGGCACCGGCUACUGCUCCGGUUCCGGUUGCUAAGGAUCAAGUGGCGAAAAAGCGGAGGGAUUCUGACGGUGUUCCGAGUACUAACGGUCAGGCGAAUCCGGCACCGGUGACGGAGCAGCCGCGGAGAACGGCGAGGUUUGAGGAAGUGCUUGAUGGUUUGGUUGUGAAUGACGAAGAAUUUGCAUCCAGGCACGCUCAUAUGAAGUAUGAGCUUAGAGAUUUUCCUGGUUUAGUUCCAAUUGGUGUGUAUGGUAUUCAGCAUUACGUUUCAAUGUUAGGUUCGUUGGUUCUCAUUCCACUUGUCAUUGUUCCUGCUAUGGGAGGUUCUCAUGAGGAAACUUCUUUGGUGGUAUCGACGGUGCUCUUUGUUUCGGGAUUGACUACUCUAUUGCAUAUUAGUUUUGGGUCUAGGUUGCCCUUGAUACAAGGACCUUCAUUAGUUUACUUGGCGCCGGUUCUGGCUAUAAUAAACUCCCCAGAGUUACAAGGAUUAAAUGGAAAUAAAUUCAAGCAUAUAAUGAAGGAGCUUCAGGGAGCUAUAAUUAUUGGAUCUGCUUUUCAAUCUUUACUUGGAUAUACUGGACUUAUGUCUCUCUUAGUAAGGUUGAUCAAUCCUGUUGUUGUAUCCCCAACUAUUGCUGCAGUUGGACUUUCAUUUUUCAGUUAUGGAUUCCCAUUAGUUGGUACAUGUCUUGAGAUUGGUGCAGUACAGAUAUUGGUGGUUAUUAUUUUUUCUCUUUAUCUUCGUAAGAUAUCUGUUCUUGGACAUCGCAUAUUUCUAAUAUAUGCAGUUCCUCUCGGUCUAGCAAUUACAUGGGCAUUUGCUUUCUUGCUUACCGAAGCAGGGUUUUACAGCUACAAAGGGUGUGAUGUGAAUAUACCUGCAUCAAAUAUGGUUUCAGAGCAUUGCAGAAAGCAUUUUUCUAGGAUGAAGCAUUGUCGGGUUGAUACUUCUCAGGCAUUGAAAUCCUCUCCAUGGUUUAGAUUUCCCUAUCCAUUACAAUGGGGUACUCCUGUCUUUCACUGGAAAUUGGCUCUUGUAAUGUGUGUGGUUUCCUUAAUCUCAUCUGUGGAUUCGGUUGGCUCAUACCAUGCAUCUUCUUUAUUGGUAGCAUCGAGACCUCCAACUCCUGGAGUUGUUAGUCGAGGAAUUGGUUUGGAAGGUCUCUCUAGUGUCUUGGCUGGGCUCUGGGGAACUGGAACUGGUUCUACAACUUUAACUGAAAAUGUUCACACAAUUGCGGUGACUAAAAUGGGAAGCCGGCGGGCUGUUCAACUGGGUGCAUGCUUUCUGAUAGUGUUGUCUCUUAUAGGUAAGGUUGGAGGGUUCAUUGCUUCAAUUCCUGAAGUUAUGGUUGCUGGCCUCCUUUGCUUUAUGUGGGCAAUGCUCACAGCAUGGGGCUUGUCAAAUCUACGCUACAGUGAGGCUGGAAGCUCUCGCAAUAUCAUCAUAGUUGGGUUAUCAUUGUUUUUCUCUCUUUCUGUACCUGCAUACUUUCAACAAUAUGGCAUCUCUCCGAAUUCCAACCUGUCUGUGCCAAGUUAUUUUCAGCCCUACAUUGUUUCUUCUCAUGGGCCUUUCCGCAGCGAAUAUGGAGGGUUGAACUAUGUCUUGAACACACUUUGUUCACUACACAUGGUGAUAGCGUUUCUCGUUGCUGUUAUCCUGGAUAAUACUGUACCUGGAAGUCAGCAGGAGCGAGGGGUAUACGUCUGGUCCGAACCUGAGGUUGCAAGAAGGGAACCUGCUGUUGCUAAGGAUUAUGAGUUGCCAUGGAGAGUUGGUCGGAUUUUCAGGUGGGUGAAAUGGGUUGGUCUGUGAAAGAAUGGGGUUAUGAUGGUUUACAUUUUUCACUUAUAUUAAAUGUUCAUGGGACACCAAGUAAUUCACAUGCCUCGGGCUCAAUGAUGGAUAGUAAUAGGUCAUGUUACAUAGUAAAUUUUUAUACAUUUUGGGGGAAGGUGGGAGAUUCGUAGGGGUCUAUUUGUGUUGUAAUUUAUUUGAUUAGAUUAGAUUAUCCAUGUAUCUAAUAGUUCUGAUUCAUUCAAAAUCUCCCAGGCGGAUUUUCUCUCUCGCAAUCUUGCUUUAUAAAGCGAGGUUUGACAAAUCAUUUUUAUGUAUAUAUACACACUCAUUUCUUUUUUACCAUUUUUAUCGAUCUUCAUCGUAACUCUGAUAUGUUUAUCAUA